GCACACGCCUCUCGCAUAAAUACUCAACGCAACUGUGGUGCUGAUCAGACGCACCAAUUUUAAAGAGCUGCGUUCUCGUCCUCACGCCGUCUGACUUGUCGCACAGUUACUUUCGGUUUUACCUGUGCUGUCUUGGAGGAAGAUAAAAGAAACAAAGAGAAAUAAAUAAAAGAAAGACAGUAACAGUAGAGAUUAAUCAUUUGGCUGUAAUUACAUUCCCUAAUCAGCAGGAUUGACAGCAGGUGUGAAUUCAUGUCUGUAUUUUCCCCGCACAUAUACCGUCCAGUGUUUUUGCCCAGCCAAGAUAUGACUGAGGUGAUGAUCAACAGCACCCCCAUGGAGGACAUGAGGCUCAGCCCCACCAAGGACAGACUCUCCUUCCAGAUAUUCCCCGACCCCUCAGACUUUGACCGUUGCUGUAAGCUCAAAGAUCGUCUGCCAUCCAUCGUGGUUGAGCCGACAGAGGGAGAAGUCGAGAGUGGGGAGCUUCGCUGGCCUCCAGAGGAGUUUCUGGUCAGUGAAGAAGAAGAAGAAGAAGAAGAAGAGGAGGAAGAGGAAGAAGAGGAACAGGAGCAGACUAACGGCAAUAUCCCAAAUGGACACCCGACACAGAAUUCUCAGCACUAGAGGCUGUGUUGCAGCACCUGUACUCUUUUCAUUCUGAUAGACUCUCCCUUUCCCACACUGGUCCCACUGCACCUCAGCACGCCAACAGACUCAACUGGCGGAUGCACAUUCAUUGUUUAGUGAUGCCAUCUCGUUGCCCUCGACACCAAAGCAUCACCCCCACAAGAGAAGCAAUACACACAGGAGACACUUUUCCCGCAUGAUUUAUACUCUUGGACUGCAAGCCCACCAAAACAGACUUGAAAAGAACGGACACACACACACACACACACACACACACACUCUUGUCCUACGCUUUAGUUCUAACCAUGCCUACCACCAUGUGUCUCAGCCCCGAACAGAUGUCCUGUUUGACAGCAGCAGCUCAGGGCUCCAUGGACAGCAAUUACACUGCGUGGGGCUAUGACUGCUCUCUACUUUACUCCAAAAUGGCUGGCGUCAUGACCCCAGAGACUUGAUACUCACAAACAGAACUAUUGUGGUACCCGUAGAGAGUAUUGUCUACAGUACAUUGUCCAACCUGCGUUCAGUUUCUGGAUUGACAUGUUAAUUAUUGUGAUUGCCACUGCUGUCCAUAGAUUUGUUGGUUUGUGGGAAAUGGGAAAUUUUUUUUUUGUUGUUGUUUUUUUUUCGAGAAGAGGGUAAAAUAGGUAUGUGUACAAUGUUACUGGGACCUCCACCAAAACACCACCACCCCAAAAAUAUUCUGACUUUACAUCAGGCAUUCACAGUAAAAAGGCGACCUAUAAUUAUUUUACCAAGGUGAGCAGAAAGUGAAAGAAUAAACCAGCAUGCCCAGCAUAUUCUUUUGCAAUAAGUUUGUUGGCUUGUUAUGCAGUACGGACACAGUCAGGAGUCAUGCUAAGAUCCUGUCAGCACAUUGACCUCCUCUAAGCCAGAUAACAAAUAGUACUGAGAACUAAAUGACACAAGCAGUUUAUUGUUCGAAAGGGCAAAGCUGAGUAAGGACAAUUGAAAAAGUUUUGAAAAAGCAGCUAUUGAAGCAAUGUGCAGACCCAGUGAAGGAUAUGUAAAUACGUGUUUCCAAUGAGCCAACCCCUGAGGCCUUGUUAGUGCACUGAUCCUGUUUGUAAUUUGGACUUGGUUAAAUUUUUAAAAAGACAAAGUCUGAGAAUAUCACUCUGAACUGUGCACACCUGACCUGAAAAUUUUUCCUAGUCUUCCUGUUUUGUUUUUUUUGUUUUGUUUUUGUUGUUGUUGUUUUUAUGUUUGUUUUGGUUUGUUUUUGAAAACAGCCAUACCUUUUUAAAAAUUGUUAAGUGGAGGUUUAUGUCACCGUGAAUUAAUUCUGCAGGUGAGAGAGAGAGUGUUCAAGUUGGGAUAUAUCUGAAAUCAUAUUAAACUACUAAACUUAAACAAUUAGUCCUGAUGUUUGCCAAAAGGUGUUAAUAGGAAAUCUUAUUUGUUAUCUGGUAGUGAUGUCUGUCAUUUUAGUUGUUUGUAUUGCAGUUUCAGAAGCUGGUGUUCUUUUGUCACUUGUUUGUGGAACAAGUCUUAUCAGUCAGUUUGUGGAAAAGAUUUCACAUUUUGUGUACACAAUAUGAAAUACUGUUGUACAAGCAUGACUGAGAUAUGUCUGUUCUCUUUGUAAAUUCUCAUUUGAGAGGCAUUAGGGCUGUAUACAGAACAUCUCUUUCUCCUGUCAACCUACAGGUCCCACAUUGUUUUUGUAAAGCUCAGGGAGAUUAGCCGCCAUCUUUCUCUCAUUUUUUUUUCUUUUUUUUUGUAUUUAGACCACUCUGCUCUGUGGAAAUUACAGAGGAUGUAAAUAAACAUUUGAAUUUGCUAUCCAA